AUGAACAGCAGCUCAGAAGUUACAGCCAGCGACAGAGCUCGGAUCAAAACGACUGAGGGAGGAUCAACUCUGACUAUAAUCAAUGUGACCCGCUAUGACCACGGUCUAUAUAGCUGCCAUGUGCUAAAUCCUGUUUCUGAUGCUAGAAGUGAUCCAGUGAACAUCUCCAUCAGUUAUGGUCCAGAAAAUACAAAGCGAAAUGUUUCUCCAUCAAAGGAACAUUAUGUAGAAGGGUCAGACAUUACUCUGGCUUGUUCAGCUGAGUCGAGACCUUCUGCUGAAUUUACAUGGUCUCUAAAUGGAGACCUGCUGCCUGAUACUGGACCAGAACUAAAACUGAAGAACAUUCAUAUUAGCCAGAGUGGAAAUUACAGCUGUCAGGCCUUUAACGACAAAACCCGGAGAGAUCAAACAUCCCAGCCCUCAGCAGUCUCUGUACUUGAACGAGUCUCCAAUGUGAAGGUAGCUCCACAUGAGACAGACUUGAUAGAGUCUAACAGUAAUGUCAGACUGUCCUGUUCCUCCUCUGGAUCUUCUCUCUCCUUUUUCUGGACAAACAGCAGCUCUAAUGUUACAGCCAGUGACAGAGUCCAGAUAUCAGUCACUGAUGAAGGAACCAAGCUGACUAUAGUCAAUGUGACUCGUCAUGAUAAGGGACCAUACAUCUGCAAUGUGUUUAAUCCAGUCAGUAAAGACAGCAGUGAUCCAUUAAAUCUGUCCAUCAGCUAUCCCUACCUCAGACUCCUUGCUCAGCCGACUACCUGCUCCAGCUCCGCCGUGUCUCCACCCUCAGCCAUCUCCACCACCACUCGUCUGCUCCUGUCCGAUGGGCCAGAAAAUAUACAACUGAUGGUGUCUCCAUUAAAAGAAAUAUAUCCAGAAGGAUCUGACAUUUAUCUGAGCUGCUCAGUUGAGUCUGAACCUGUUCCCCAAUAUCUGUGGCUUCUGGAUGGAAAUCGUCUCAGUAAUACUGGACCAGAGCUCAGUCUGACAAACAUUCAAGUUAAUCAAGGUGGAAACUACAGCUGUCACAUUUUUAACAGCAAAACCAUGAGAUAUAUAACAUCUCAACCUUCAGUCAUCAUUGUACAUGGCAGCAGUAGUACCCCAGAUCGUCACUAG